UUAACAUUGCUGCCCUUAAUAAGUUUCUUAACUACUACCAUGGCUUCUUUCCUUCGUUCAUGGAGUUUCAGCCUCCUCUUAUUGUCAUGGAUGUUGGCAAUCAUAAGCAGAACAACCUUGGCGGUUUACCGACCAAGCCCAUGGCAACUCGCUCAUGCUACUUUUUACGGGGACGAAACUGCAUCCGAGACCAUGGGAGGAGCUUGUGGAUAUGGAAACCUGUUCCUCAAUGGCUAUGGAACAGAUACUGUAGCAUUGAGCUCAACGCUGUUCAACAAUGGAUACUCUUGUGGAGCUUGUUUCCAGAUCAAAUGUUAUCAGUCUCCCUGGUGCUUUAAAAAUGUUCAGUUCACCACUGUUACCGCCACCAAUCUUUGCCCGCCAAACUGGUCCCAGGACUCCAAUGCCGGAGGCUGGUGCAACCCUCCUAGGGCUCACUUCGACAUGGCCAAGCCUGCCUUCAUGAAGAUUGCUCAGUGGAAGGCUGGCAUUGUUCCAAUCAUGUACCGCAGGGUACCAUGCAUAAGGGCUGGGGGUCUCAGAUUCUCUUUCCAAGGAAAUGGGUACUGGCUCUUGGUCUAUGUGAUGAAUGUGGGAGGAGCUGGUGACAUCCAAAACAUGUGGGUGAAGGGAACCAGAUCUGGGUGGAUUAAGAUGAGCCAUAACUGGGGAGCUUCAUACCAGGCUUUUGCAACCUUGAAGGGCCAAGCUCUCUCUUUCAGGGUCACUUCCUACACAACCAAGCAGACCAUCAUUGCAUGGAAUGUUGCACCCUCUAAUUGGAAUGUGGGUUUGACUUACAAGUCAAAUACCAACUUCCUCUGAUCACGUACAAAACAACAGAGCAAUCUUAAGAUUGUCCUCUCUAUCACUUUUUUGUUUUCUCAGUUUGAUCCUUCUGAUACAUAAUAUAACUAGCCCCAAGGCCUUUAUAUAUCGCUUUGGUAUGGCAAAUUUUUCUUUCAGUAGCUUGUAUCUGGUGAUAGCGGGAAUUUGUAGCUCUCUAGUGGUAAGACUAUUUACCCGCGACUCUGAGUUUGAAUCCCCUUUCACAAGUAAUUUGUAUCUGAUAUUAUGAAAGUGAAUCUUGAGUCACAAACGUGGAGAGAAG